AUGGCUAGUCCUGCUGUGCUAGCUUUUGAUGCUGAGGGCCGCCCACUGAAGUUUGAGAUCUGGCUCGAUGACUUGCACCUAUUCCUCCAGCUCACUGCCAAGGAGGAUAUCUCACUGUACGAUCACGCGCUAGGCCAUGCUGCUGCCCUUGCUGCUACUGCUGACAGUACUGCCCGCUCACAGUGGCAGACUCGUGAUGCCCACGCUCGCUUCGCUAUUCGCAACUCCCUGCUGGUAGAUGAGCGCGAGCACUUUGGCCAGCACAAAACUGCACAGGCACUGUACACUGCUGUAGUUGCACGCUACUCCUCACCUGCCUCUGCUGCGCUAGGCCGUCUCUCGCUCCCCUACCUGUUCCCAGACCUGUCAGCUUUCUCCACAGUCGCUGACCUCAUCACGCACCUCCGCACUAGUGAGGCCCGCUUCCGUGCCGCUAUGCCCGCUGAGUUUCUUGCCACCCACCCCCCCCCACUCUGGCUCACUCUCUACCACCUGGUCACCCGUCUCCCUGACUCUCUUCGUGCAGUCAGGGACCACUUCCUCGCUCGCUGCCCCACUGAGCUCACCGUUGACCUGCUCGAGAAGGAACUGCUUGCAGCUGAGACUAGCAUAGUCGCUGUAGCUGCCUCUCGUGGCGACCCCCGCACCCCGUUCUUCGAGGGGUGUUCCCCUUCCCCCCUUCUCCCCUCUGUCGCCUCUGCUGCUGCUGUCGACCUAGUUGGUACUGAGCAGGUCGGGACUGCGUCCGCUCCGAGCUGGCGCCGCAGCAGCAAGGGCAAAGGGGGCAAGGGAGGUGGAGGUGACGGCGGGGGAGGCGGUGGUGGGGGCGGUGGCGGCGGUGGGGGCGGUGGUGGGGACGGUGGUGGGGGCAGUGGGGGCGGUGGCGGGACUGGAGGGGCUAGUGGCAGCGGUUGGGGUGGUGGAGGCAGCGGCGGAGGAGGCGGUAGGGGUGGGGGCGGUGGUGGGGGUGGCGGUGGACGCGGCGGCGGCAGGGGCGGUGGUCGAGGUGGUGGCAGCGGCGGUGGUGGCCGUGGAGGCGCUGGCAGUGGCCAGAGCCAGCAGCACACUCCGUCGCCCCAGGAGCUUCGUGAGUGGUACUCUCAGCACGGGGGGGGGGGGGGUGGCCUUAGCUGCACGUACGUCAUCCGCACUGGUGACCGCACUGGUCAGACGUGUGGGAGGGCGCACACCACGCAGCGCUGCUUCUCCCGCCUCGACGACGCUUGGCGCACUCAGUUCCCUGCUGCCACUGAGCUGCCCCGCUGGGCUGAUCUAAUGAAGAAAAACAUUGAUAUCUAUGCUCUAGACUUUGAUGCUAUUCUCACUGCCAUGUAUGUGUUGUCUACUAGUGGAGAGGGUGCUCAGUACCUACGUGUUCCGCCCGACCCGGGCAUUCGGACCAGUGAAGCUGCCGCUCUAGGUGCUAGUGCGUCUGCUGCCCUAGGUGCUGGUGAGGCUGCCGCUCCAGGUGCUCGCGUGUCUGCUACCCCAGGUGCUGGUGAGGCUGCUGCUCUAGGUGCUAGUGAGUCUGCGCCCCCUGGUACUGAGUCGACUGAGGCACUGCACACCUUCACACUGGACUCAGGUGCUUCUCGCUGUUUCUUUCGUGACCGCACUGCCCUUGAGCAGCUUGCUCGGCCAGUUGCUGUCUCCCUCGCUGACCCCUCUGGGGGUCCGGUCAUUGCGACCUCCUCCACUGUCCUUCCCUGUCCUGCGGUCCCGUCGGGCACACUGUCAGGUCUCCACCUCCCCUCGUUCUCUACGAACUUGGUGGCGGGUUGUGCGCUCCAGGACGGGGGUGUCCACCAGUUCACCCCUGCCUACGAACGCGUGACACACUGCACGUGUGCUCGGACGGGCCGUCACCUGGCUACCUUCACUAGGCAGCCGGGGUCGGACCUGUACACACUGACCACUGAGUCCCCUCAGGUAGCUGCGUCUGCGUCUGCGUCAGGUCAGCUGUCGGCCCCCUGCUCGUGUCGCUCACUGGCGCACGAGACCGUCCUCUGGCACCACCGCCUUGGUCACCCGUCAGUGCAGCGCCUUCGUGCCAUGCACAAACGGUACCUUGUCUCUGGUCUUCCCAGGGUUCUCCCUCCCCUCCCACCCUCGCCUGCUCCUCCCUGUCUUCCCUGUGUCGAGGGGCGGCAGCGCGCCGCUCCUCACUCCUCCUCGUUUCCCCCGACGACUGCUCCCUUGCAGACACUCCACAUGGACGUGUGGGGCCCAGCCCGCGUCCGUGGCCAGGGUCAGGAGAGGUACUUCCUGAUCGUUGUUGACGACUACUCGCGCUACACCACGGUCUUCCCCUUGCGCACCAAGGGUGAGGUCCCUGAUGUUUUGAUCCCUUGGAUCCGCGCUUCUCGUCUCCAGCUCAGCGAGCGUUUCCACUCGGACUUUCCUGUCCUGCGUCUGCACUCUGACAGAGGUGGUGAGUUCUCCUCCGACCUCUUGGCAGCCUACUGUGCGGAGCAUGGCAUCCGCCAGUCGUUCACGCUUCCGGCCUCUCCACAGCAGAAUGGGGUUGCUGAGCGCCGCAUUGGCUUGGUCAUGGAGGUCGCUCGUACUUCCUUGAUCCAUGCGGCUGCCCCCCACUUUCUGUGGCCGUUUGCGGUCCGAUACGCUGCGCAUCAGCUCAACUUCUGGCCCCGUGUCUCCUUGCCGGAGACUUCACCGACACUGCGUUGGACGGGAGAGGUUGGCGAUGCGUCGCGUUUUCGGGUCUGGGGAUCUCGAGCUUUUGUUCGCGAUACGUCCGCGGACAAGCUCUCCUCCCGCGCUAUUCCUUGUGUCUUCCUUGGCUUUGUCCCGGAUGCGUCUGGUUGGCAGUUUUACCACGCCACCUCGCGCCGUGUCCUGCCCUCUCAGGACGUCACUUUUGACGAGUCCGUGCCCUACUACCGCCUCUUCCCCUACCGCACUGCCCCGCUCCCCCCCCCGCCUCUCUUCCUCGCGCCAGGUAGACCCGGUUGA